AGUAGUGAUUCUGGAGUUUUUGCUGUAGAUUGAUAAAUGGAAGCAACGUUUUUGCACCCUUCGAACUAUCCUUUCUAUAACUUGGGAUUUGUAAAUACACAUAGAACCCUUCAUAUGACGAGGUUGAAUCCAGGUCAAGCUAAAACUCCAUCCCCAGUUCUCUUGCACACAGAUGAAACUGGCCCGUUUUCAGAGUUUAAGAAGGGUUAUGGUUCAAGUACAGCUUUAAGAAACACUGCUCCUAGAAAAUCAUUUCCGGGUCUACCAAACACAGUUGGCAUAAUUGGAGGGCUAUCUGUUGAUUCUAGUGUUAAAUUUAUGAGAAAACUUGUCAAUUGGAGUUCAAGAGAUGGAGAAAGUUGCCCUCCUUUUGUUCUUUGUUCUGACCAUGUUUCAAAUAAGGAGCUUUUAUCAUUUGAGAGAAGUUCUUUUCCUUCUGUCAGCAGUAAAAGUGAAGCUCCUGAAUUCGAUCCCACUCCAAUUGUGGAGAAUUUGCUGAGUAAGAGGAUUUUUCUUGAAAAAUCUGGAGCUUGUUGCAUUGUAAUGCCUUGUCACAUAUCACAUUCUUGGCAUGAUGAAAUUUCUAAGGGAUGUUCUGUUCCUUUUCCUCAUAUUGGUGAGUGUGUUGUCAAGGAGCUCAAGGAAGCAAAGUUGAAGCCGCUUGAAGCCGGAAGUCGUUUGCGGAUUGGAGUGCUUGCAAGCCAUGCAACUUUGACAGCAGGAUUCUAUCAGGAGAAACCGCGGAGCGAGGGAUUUGAGGUUGUUCUGCCGGAUAAAGUGACAAUGGAACACUUUGUAAUCCCUGCUAUUGAAGCCUUAAACAGAGAGGACAUAGAGGGAGCGCAAAACCUCUUGAGGAUCGCACUCAAGGUUCUUCUGGCGAGGGUUGUGAACUCUGUUAUUCUUGCGUCCGAUGAUAUGCGAGGUCUUCUUCACCUGGAUCCUCUUCUUAAGAAAUGCAUUGACCCUAUGAAUGCCUUGGCUAGGUCAACCAUAAGCUGGGCUCAGUCUGCUAAAAAAGGUACAUGAAAAAAUAAAAAAUGC